UCUGAAAAUUUGAACUACUGAUCUCACACACAGAGCCUUUCUUCCAACGGUCCUCUCUCUCUCUCUCUCUCUCUCACACACACACACACACACACACGCACAGGGUGUCUCAAAGGGGAAAACGGGUUUGAACUUUGGAGUGUGAUCCACAAACUAAGGUUCUGUUGUCCCUGGGACUAAUAUGCAAAUGGACUGUCUUAAAACAUGUCAAACAGAAAACUUUUCUACUCCUGGAAAAAUAGGGCAGUUAGAAUCUGCUCUGGUAACAAAAGUUAAAGUUAUUGUUAGAGUUCGCCCCUUUCUUCCUCAAGAAAUUAACUCGAGGGAUGGAAAACCAAUCUCUUGUGUUUCUGUUCUCAACUCAGAAUCUGAGCCUUCUGAGGAUGUCACAGUUCAUCUGAAAGAUUAUGAAACCUGUCGUAAUGAAUGCUACAAGUUGGAUGCUUUUUUUGGUCAAGAAGACAACAAUAUAAGCGAAAUAUUUGGCAAAGAAGUUAAUCCUUUGAUCCCUGGGUUAUUACAUGGUCGCAAUGUCACAGUAUUUGCUUAUGGAGCUACAGGGAGUGGAAAAACUUACACCAUGCAGGGAACUGAAAACCUCCCUGGUCUAAUGCCACUUGCAAUGUCCUCCAUUCUCUCGAAGAGUCAGGGACAAAGUACCAUAGCAAUAUCAUACUAUGAAAUAUACAUGGAUAGGUGCUAUGAUCUACUUGAACUUAAGGAGAAGGAAAUUUUCAUAUUGGACAACAAAGAUGGACAGAUUCAUCUCAAAGGACUUGCACAAGUUACCAUCAGUUCAAUGUCAGAGUUUCAAGAGGCGUUUUCUUGUGUGGUUCAGAGAAGAAAAGUUGCACAUACGGGUGUUAAUGAUGUCUCUAGCCGUAGUCAUGCCGUGCUCACUAUUUAUGUUUCUACUCCUUGCUGUGAUGAUACUGGAAAUGUUGUUACUGGGAAGUUGAACCUUAUUGACUUGGCAGGAAACGAAGAUAAUAGAAGAACUUGCAACACUGGAAUUCGUCUACAAGAGAGUGCUAAGAUCAACCAGUCCUUAUUUGCAUUGUCAAAUGUGAUUUAUGCACUGAACAACAAUCAACCGCGAAUACCCUAUAGAGAAAGCAAAUUGACAAGGGUAUUGCAAGACUCUCUUGGAGGAACAAGCCGUGCUUUGAUGAUUGCUUGCUUGAACCCUGGAGAGUACCAAGAAUCUCUUCAUACAGUUAGUUUAGCAGCCCGAUCAAGACACAUAUCCAAUUUUUGUGCCUCAGCACAAAAAGGAGUUACUCCAAAGGUCAAAGUUGACAUGGAGGCAAAGCUUCGCGCCUGGCUAGAAUCUAAAGGCAAGACAAAAAGUGCUCAAAGAAUUGGGGCAUUUGAUUCUCCAUUUACUAUCAAAACUCCAAAUUCCAUAUGCUCUACCAAAAAGCUUAGUUUGUUUGAGAGCUCUUCAAAGCAUAAAUUUAUUAGUAAACAAGGUGCUUCAAGCAUAAAAAAGAGGGAUCCAGAUGGGGCCUGUAGAAAUCUAUUUAAUAAUGGACAUCGAUCAAACGUCACAGCGGAGGCUCAAGAACUUGCUGAUUGUGGUAAUAGAGAAGAAAAGAAGUUCGAGGUUUUUGCUGAAAGCGUUGCGCCUGAGUCUAAUACACUGGUGCAUGAUGAAAAAACCAAUGCGGAGGAGAAAGUGAGAACCGUUGAUUGUUUCAGCUCCUCUAAAGCAUGUGAGGUUGUUACCCCUAGAAAGGUCCUUUCUCCCAUCAACUCCAACAUAAACAAUGAGAAUAUUCCAGCGAUAGGGACGCCACUUGAUAAGUUCAGUACACAAAGUUCUAACUUGAAGAACUCUCUAGUCCAGGAGUACAUUGAGUUGUUGAACACAGCCAGCAAGGAGCAACUAAUGGAGAUAAAGGGAAUUGGACAAAAGAUGGCUGAAUAUAUUAUCGAACUAAGGGAAACAAGCCCAAUGAAAUCACUGGAUGAUUUGGAGAAGAUUGGACUGUCAUCAAAGCAGGUACAUAACUUAUUCAGGUGGGCUGCAAGAGGAGUUCUGGGAUGAAAUUGAUUUGCAACAGCUUGUUGUUACGAGAAUGUGCAGGAGUAAAACUGGUUCUAGCUAGAAUUUAAGUUAUAGUAUUUCUAUAAUUGAGUACUUGGAUUUGAGAUCUAAGAAAGAAGGAAAAAUGUGAACUGCUGAUAUCAAAUGUAUUGUAUCAACUGUGUUGUAUUUAUGAGACACGAAAAUAUUCCUUCCAUGCCCCUUCAAAUGACUCAAUAUAUCGUACCAAUUCUACCCGUA